UUCUUCUUCUUCUCCAGACCUAAACCUAGUUUUCUUCUGUUUCUUCAGUUCUUCUUCACUCUUGCAGACUCAUCAUCUCACAAGUUACCAGUCACGUUCAGCGGUUCAGCCGUCGUGAAUAUUCUGAGCGAUGGGUCGAAUGAAAAGUGGGAAGGGGUUUAGCAAAAACCCAAAGAGAAAAGCUACAGCCCAUGCAGACGACAGCGACGAUGAUAUGAUGAACGACGAAAUCGACACCUUUCACAAACAAAGAGAUAUCAUCCCUUUGGAUGUAAAUGAUUCGGAUGAUUCCGAUGACGAGACUGAUCUCCCCGUAUUUGAUUCCAAGGAUGAUGAUGAUGAUGAUGAAGAUGACGAUGAGGAUGAAGAUGAUGAAGAUAUGGAAGAUGAUAGCGAUCUCACGGGUCUUGCUGCUAAAAUUGCAAGGCAACAAAAGUAUCUUCGGGUCAAGGAGGGUGGAGUGGAAGAUGAAACACAUGAUGAUGAUGAAGAAGCGGAAGAGAAAGAGACUGUAUGGGGUAGAAGAAAGGAAGGAUACUACGGUGGAGAGAAUGUUGAUUAUGAGAUACAAUCAAGUGAUGAAGAGCUUCACGAUGAGGAAGAGGAAGUGUUGAGACUUCAGAGAGAGAAAGUGAAGUCUUUGUCUGCAGAAGACUUUGGUCUUGAGCAUGUUAGUGAAGAUGAGAACGAGAAAGAGCCAACAAUGGAGGAAAUUCUUGUUGGAGGGGUGAAGGCCAAGGCAAAGGCUUUAAAGGAAAAAGAGGCUUUUGAUAAUGAUGACAUGGCUUAUGAAGAAGUUGAGAAAGAUCUGAAUGCAUUAUCUAAGGAAGAGAAGAUGGAAGUUGUCUAUAGUUCGGCUCCUGAGCUGGUUGGUCUGCUCUCAGAGCUGAAUUCUGCCAUGGAUGAGCUUGAGAACAAGGUUAACCCUCUUCUAAGCAAGGUUAAGGAAGCACAGAAUGGAGAAAAGGGAUCCAUAAACUAUAUUGAGUUAAAGCAACUUCUCUUGCUAGCAUAUUGCCAAUCCAUAACCUUUUAUCUUCUUUUGAAAUCCGAAGGGGAGCCAGCCCGUGAUCAUCCUGUCACAGGUCGCAUUGUUGAACUCAAGGAGUUGUUGGACAAGGUGAAACAACUUGAUUCCUAUCUUCCUGACAUUGUGGAGGAUAUUUUGAGCAAGAAAGAACAUAUUAAAGAAAUUGUCAAAUUGCCAACUUUAACAUCUGACGGUUUGGCCAAAAAUCUUCAAGUCGUACAUGAACAACCAGAGACAAUGGUAAUGCCUAAAGAUGCAUUAAACAUUGAGUGCACAAAGGAUGUUGUAAAUAAAGAGAAGAAACGCAAGCGUCAGAAUGAUCAACUUGGAGUACAGAGCCAAGAAAUGCUUAAAGUAAGAGCUGCCCUUGAAGAGAAGUUGAAGCACAAGGGUAUUAUAAACACUAUUAAGCAAAAAGAUAAUAAAGCAGAUCGUCGUUUGCCACUGCUAAAUAGAAAAUUUGAAACAUUAGAUGACUUUGAUGAUGAUACCAUAAAUCCAUCGGAGAACAAAGUUAAUUCAACUUCAUUCCAACCGAGCAAGCUUUCAAGACUUGUAACUUCACAGUUUGCCAAACCUAAGAUCAUUUCUGGUGACGAUGAUUUACCUAAGAGAGAUGACAUAGGAGAAAGGCGAAGGAAGUUUGAACUACGAGUUCUUUCUCAUGCUGGAAUCGAUACAGGUGAUGAUAUGAUGGAGAACGAGCCGGAGAAUUUGAAAAAACGUAGAGGUUCUGAUAAGAAAGACGUCGAUGAGGAUAUGGAAUCAGAAGAUGACUUCUACAAGCAAGUGAAACAACAAAGGGAUGCAAAGCUUGCUGCUAAAUCAGAGAAAUACUCCAGGAACCCGACUGUCCAAAUCAGAGAGGAAGAAGAAGAAUUGGAAGUGGGUAAGCGUCAUAUUUCAUAUCAGAUGGAAAAGAACAGAGGGUUGACUAGACCUCGCAAGAAGCUGAUCAAAAAUCCAAGGAAGAAGUACAAGUUGAAACAUCAGAAAGCAGUGGAACGCAGGAAAGGACAGGUCCGCGACAUUCGCAAGCAGACCGGUUCUUAUGGCGGUGAAAACACUGGUAUUAAUCCUGGCAUUAGCAGGAGUGUCAGAUUUUAGAAUUUGAUUAUUCUUUUGUUAGGGGCUGAAUUUGAAAAUUUUGUUUACUAAUUUUGAAACUUCAAAAGUUAUUAUUUGUUGUAGAAUUCAUUGUUCUGAAUUCUUCAUAUUCACUUUCCUUUGAA